AUGGAUGCUUCUCCCUAUUUCGACAAGCCGGACUUGGAUCGGGAUGAGAAAAUGGAAGAAGAGUCAUUAUUGAAAGGCUUCCCAGAUGACAAGAGUGACUCAAAAAGGUCGAUUCCAAAAGUCUAUAAGCGAUGGCAGAAGACUUGGUCUGCAGUCAACCUGGUCCUGACGGCCACGAAUCUCGUCUUUUUUCUGUUUCUCAUGCUUGCUCGACAUAAUAAUGAGGAGGCGAAACCUCUUCUUCCUCCAUCACCGGCAACUUCAGUCGUUGAGAAGGAGUUGCGUCCAUUCACAUUGACAUCGCCAUACACGAGACCUCCCGGUCCCGAGGUUGAUCAGAUGUGGCACGAUCUCGUGAACAGUGGAGCGAUGUUCACUUUGAGCCCAGAGGAAUUUGCUGUGCUUAACGACAAUCCGAAGACCGGGGUUAAACUAACUCAUGACCCUGAGGGACGUUAUGUCGGAACCCUCGCAGCUACUCACCAGAUCCACUGUGUGAAUUCUCUCCGGAAGGGACUUUGGUUCAAUUAUAAACAUUAUAUGGAUGUCCACGACGAACUCUUUAGCGACAACAAUUCACCAGCGGAGCAUCUAAUCCAUUGCGUCGAAAUGCUUCGCAAUGCAGUUAUGUGUUCUGGCGACGUGUCUGUCAUCACUUACAACUGGAAGCCGGGACACGAGGCGCCAAAAGCCAAUUUCAAAAGUGUUCAUUCCUGCCAGAAAUGGGACAAGCUAGAGGAAUGGCGCACUAUGCAUAAUGUCACUGGUCAGCUUCAGACAUUAGAACGACCAGUUGGCUUGUUGGAUGGGGAGCCCGAGAAUGUCUUUGGACUUGCUCCAGACAGCACUGCAAAUUAA